UACUUAAAGGUGACACCACUGAAAGUUAAUGAGUUCCGUUGGCAUUCAAAGGCAACGCUUAGGGCUGCAUCAGGUUAGCCUUUGUUUAUUUUACUGUUUAUUACAGAAAAGUUUUAUUUUAAUUUUGGAGAGCUCAAAAUUUUUAGUACAUAUACAAAAAAAAUAAAUACAAGAAAAUACCUUCAGGAUCCGUACUGUGUGGAAAUCAGAAACAAUAUGUGUGAAAUGAGAGAUGAGAAUUUUGUGGAUUUUUCAACUUCCGAAUCAACUUCUGAAUCAAAGUCAACGACUGCAAUCAGCACGGCGCCAGCGAUCGUCCAAAUGUUAAUGACGCCCAAAGCCAGGGAUGCAAACAAGCCGGUUAGUCCCACGGAACACUUGCGUAAAAUGAUGCCCCAACAGGAUCCCAAUGUAUUUCGCUUGCAGAGAGAUUUUAACAGUCCCAGCGCUUCCUUGCGCACUCGCGCCAUUCGUGCUUUAAACUGUCCGAACAAAGCCUACACCAAUUUCGAUGUUCCCCAUGCUGAGCAGAGCAUAAUCACAGAGGAAGAACGCAAUCCCAAACCGGCGCCAACACUCGCCGAAAUUCUUAAGGAUGUGAUUAUCUAUGUGGAAGUGCGCACGGGCAAUGACAAUCGCUCUGAGGGAGUCAAGUCCGUCAUUGCCAAGCUGGGCGCCCAGGUCAAUGAUCGCCUAUUGCGCAAUACUACACAUGUUGUCUUCAAGGAGGGUUUGUUAUCCACAUAUAAACGCGCUCAGAACUGGAAUAUACCAAUUGUGUCCAUAUUGUGGAUUGAGGCGUGCAAGGUCCAACGACGAAUCUGUGAUCCCAAACAGUUUCCCAUCAGCAGUAUCCAUAAGUAUGAGCAUCCUGAGCUGUUCGGCAAAAUAAAGCGCGUACGUUGUUUGCAGUCCGAUUUCGAGCCGAACCAACGGCGCAAGCGGCCAGUUACGCCCACCACCGAUACUACGGAUCAGGAGAAUGAUAAAAAUGGACCGACAGCAUUAACACCAACAUCCACGCCCAAUAAUGAAAUUACACGCUACUUUAAGCCAUUGAGCCAGAAUAAACAUCUUGUUGAUGACGAGGUCACGGAUUCACCAGGGACCAAAUUAAUAAAUAGAAUCACCAAUGGAUUCUUUACACCGCAAAGAGUUCAAUCCAAGCAAACUGACAACAGCACACCAAGUGCCAUUCCCAAGGAAGUUGAUUUAAAUGGCAUGGGUGACACUCCAAGGGAAAAGUCAAGAGCACAACAGAGUUUAAGCUUCAAGGACAAGGGCAAACCUGCAGAAAGACCAAGGAGCAGCUCCAUUGGUGUGGAGCCAGCACAUGUAUCCAGAACCCAGGUGCGCACCACUCGACGCAGCAGUUCAGUGCAUGCAGUGGAGCUCUCCAACCCCAAAGUGCAAUGUGAGCCGCGAAUGACGCGACGACGCAGCUUAAUGACCAUGUCGAAUAAAGAGGACGAAGUGCCUCAAACGCCACCGCAAUCUGUGGAGCCGGCUGAACGCCGCACAAGUCGACGCAGUUCCUUGCAACACACUCCGCGACCAGCGGUUCAGGAUGAGUUUCAGUCACCAGCUCAAAGUGAAUCCAGGAUCAUACGUCGUCGUAGUUUAUCACGGAUUUCGAGUGUAGAGCCCAGCACACCAAGCCUGCUAAAGAAGCCUUCAUUUCAAUCGAUUGCUGAAGAGCCAGUGGCAGAUACCUCAAUGGGCAACAAAACCAACUAUGUGCAACAAAUGAUGGAAGUGAGUCCGUCCUAUGCUCACAUCAUUUCCAAGGCAAAGGGACGCCGUACAUUGUACACCAGCGAUCACAUGGAUAUAAGCGAAGUGAAUGAUGAGAAUGUGAAUCCUUAUCUAGGACGCAGGAGCUCCAAUUACAUGCUGGCAGAUAGAACGUCGCAAACAUCUCGCGAGAGCUUUGUAACUACCAAAACAUCGCCUGACAGCUCCGAAGGACAAACUCCGGUGCCCAUUUUUAGCUCCACACGCUUGCCCGGCAGCGAAGGCUCCAAUCGUCGGCGCAGCAUCUUUAAUGUGGACAUGGAUGUGAUUAACGAGCGCAUAAAUCAUAUCAACAGUACUUCCAAAAGACGCUCAUUGGCCUUGGUAACUGAGCUGGAGAUUGCCGAACCUCGUCCCUUGGCGCCACUGCAGGCGGUGGCUGUGGAUGCAAUCAAGGAACAGGAAUCGACUACACCGAAAAUGCGACGACUUUUUACACCCAAUGAGGAGGUUAUUGUGACGCCACCAAAGUCCAGCAAAAAACCACGUCUUAGUGUCAGCGGUAGUACAUCUUCCAACAGCACCUUAAAGCGUCGACGCACUUUGGCCACGCCAAAACCAACAGCAGCAGUUGGACCCAAUGUGCAACAGGAUUGUGAGAUUGAGAUUAGCAAUGAAAGUGACUCCGUUAACGACAGCACAUCGGAGCAGCCAAUCAACCGAAAAAGGCAUUCAAUGAAGCGACAGGUUGUAAUGCACACUUUAGUGCACACCAACAUGCACAAGGAGCAGGUGCAGGUCAUCCACAAGGCAAUACGUAAGCUGCGUGGAAUGCGAUUGGAUCCAACAGUUACCAAGAAUACCACUCACCUGGUUAGCCUGGAGCCACGUCGUACUCUUAAUCUGUUGCGUGGUCUAAUGCGCGGUGUUUGGAUUGUCAACUACAAAUGGAUUCUGGACUCGAUGCGAGCCGGUAAAUGGUUAAACGAGGAGAAAUAUGAAUUAACUUCGUUCUCACGUGCCAUUGAGAUUUGUCGCACCGAACGUCAAGCUUUUGGCAUAUCCUAUCGCUGUGAACUAUUUCGCUAUAUGGAAACCUUUUACGUGUCAUCUCUGUGCCGACCUAUAACAUUCAAUAACAUAAAGGAGCUGCUGUUGCUUGGGGGCGCUAAACUGACUGAGAAUCGCUAUAAGGCCAAGUUCAUUGUUGGCGAUAAGAGACGCGCUGAAGACGAUCGUAUAUAUUUGACUCCCGCUUGGGUCUUGGACAGCAUAACGGCAAUGCAAGUCCAGAAAUUCAGUAAAUAUUUGAUGAAAAGUGCCAUAAUAACGCCCUAUGGCAUUCGAUAUGAGGAUCCGCAGGAGGAACAAGAGAGGCAUCAUCGAAAGAGCUUGAAAGUCUGCUAUAAAGAUCCGGUUCUGGUGAUCAACAAAUAAUUCAUAUACACUUGCUGCUUGUGUUUAAAUAGAAAUUUACGUCGUCUAGUU